UCUAUUUUCUGGUUAUUAGUGUCUAUAUCUUUCACUACACUGUCUACAUUUUGCAAAGAACAAGGCAUCACUGUAAUUGGUUUAUGCAGUGCCUUUGAUGUAAUAAUGGUUUGUAGAAUAGAUAUGUUGUCUAUAUUGAAGAUUCGUUCAUCAUCAUCGUCAUCAUUAAUCAAUAAUUAUAACAACAAUUAUUUGUUAUUACGUCAGCUGUGUUUGUUAUUAUCUGGUGUAUUGUUAUUGAUUUUGCGCUGGAGAAUCAUGGGAUAUGCUACACCAACAUUUCAAAUUCAUGACAAUCCACAUUCCUUCGUUGAUGGUGCUAUAUUCCGUGCUAUAAAUUAUAUUUAUCUUUAUGCAAUAAAUAUAUGGAUAUUGAUAAAUCCAGGAUGGUUAUGUUUUGACUGGAGUAUGGGAUGUAUUCCUGUUAUAACAUCAUUCAGUGACUACCGUGUUUAUAUAGCAACUACAUUUCUAGCAUCCAUUAUUUUGUUGUUGUUAUAUUCUGUUAAAGAUACCAGCAAACAUCAGAGUUUAUUAAUUUUGUCAUUGGUAUUACUGAUAGUGCCCUUUUUACCAGGGUCUAAUAUAUUUUUCCGUGUUGGGUUUGUGAUAGCUGAGAGAGUAUUAUAUUUAUCCUCAGCUGGUAUGUGUAUGUUGAUAACUUAUGGUAUAAUCAGUUUAGCCAAAGGAACUGAGAAGAAAAGAGUGAUACAGAUUGGCAUAAUAUUACUGAUUACUUUAUAUACAUCACGAUCUAUCCAGAGAAGUAAAGAAUGGAGAAGUGAGGAAAGUCUGUUCCAAUCUGGUGAAAAAGUUUGUCCUCUCAAUGCAAAGGUACAUUAUAACAUUGGUAAACUGAAUGCUGAUAAAGGUAAUAAUACACAGGCAAUCUACAGAUACAGACUAGCUAUCAAAUUAAGUCCAGACUAUGAUCAAGCUAUGAAUAAUUUAGCCAAUAUAUUGAAAGAUAAAGGAGAAUUAGUAGAAGCUGAGGACUUGCUGACUAAAGCUGUCACUAUCAGACCUGAGUUUGCUGCCGCAUGGAUGAAUCUGGGUAUAGUUCAAGCACAACUAAAGAAGAUUGGUUUAGCAGAAAAGAGUUAUUUACAAGCUUUGCGACAUCGCAGAAAAUAUCCAGAUUGUUAUUAUAACCUGGGAAAUCUGUAUUUGGAAUUAAAACAACAUCAAGCUGCUAUUCAAGCAUGGAGAAAUGCCACUAUAUUAAAGCCAACACAUGUAAAUGCCUGGACAAAUACUCUUAUACUCUUAGACAAUAUUGGUGAAUUGAAACUGGCUGAAAAUGUUGGUAAAGAAGCCUUAAAAGUGUUACCAAGGGAACAUCAAGUGUUAUUUAAUCUAGCUAAUAUCUAUGGUAAACUAGAAAAAUAUACUGAAAGUGAACAGUUCUUUUUAUUGGCUUUAAAAGAAGAUCAAAAUAAUGCUAAAUAUCACCUGAAUAUAGGUGUUUUGUAUCACAGAUGGGGAAAAUAUGACAAAGCAGAAGAAGCAUAUCAAACAGCAUUACAACUCAACCCUUCCAAUAAAGUCACCCAAGAUAAUAUAGCUAUGCUACAGAGGCAACGAAACAAGUGA